AUGAUUAAAGGCGAUUAGAUCGUCCCUUAUUCAGCCUUAUAUAUUGAUAUGCAAUAUAGACAUUUAUUUAAUACUUUAUGGGCAUACUUAAAGCCUGUGGAUUAAAAUAAAUAUAUUUAGGAACUCUUUUUUUUGCAGAUUGAAGAAAUUUGGUUGGGAGGAUUGAAAAAUCAAAAGAUUUUGAUCACUCUAUGUGUUAGAGCAUCUACAGAUUUAGUUUUGCAAGCAUUAAAUUGGCCACCAGGAUCAGAGGUAAUCAUUACUGGAAUUAAUAUUCCUGACAUGAUUUAAGUACUUCGCCUUAAUGGUAUAAUACCAGUACCUGUGGAAGUGAAUGCAGACACUUUGGGAUGCACACUGGAUUAAUUUAAAAAAUUUUACACAGAAAAGACCAAAGGAAUAAUGAUUUCGUAUGUUUUUGGAGCCAAAUUUGAUGCUACAGAAAUCAUUGAUUGGGCUAAGUCGAAAGGACUAUUUAUUAUGGAGGAUGAGGCUGAGAGUUUUGUGGCUCCAAAUGCAAAAUUAAAUCCUAACGUUGACUUCUCUACUUUUAGUUUUGGUUCAAUAAAGACAUGUUCAGCCUUUGGAGGGUCCAUAAGUGUGAUCAGAAACAACGAAGCUUUGUAUAGGAAAAUGAAGGCAUUGCAAGAAUCAUAUCCAAAAUGGUCUUAAAAAAAUUAUUUCAAAAGGACUCUAAAAAAUUUAAUUCCUAUGAUAUUGUUAAAUAGCCAAAAAAUUAAUAGAAGCUCCAGGUGGGUGUUCAUCAAUUUAUUCCCAAACUGGGACUAUAAAGAAUUUGUUGUCAACAGCAUAAGGGGUUUCCAAAAGAAUUCAUCGGAUAUUCUUCAAACAUAUAGAUUUAGAGUUCCUGAUCCCAUGUUAGUGAUGUUAGCGUUGAGAAUGAAAACAUUUGAUGUUGAUUAAUUCAACGAAGCAACUUAAAGGCAAAUCGCGGGCUAAAGCAUCCUUAAAUAAGGAGGUCUGCUUGUACCAGGACAUGCAGUUGAAGAUAGAAAAUUUUGGUUAUAUCCAGUUGUUGUACCUAAUCCUGAGACUACAUACAAAAUAUUAAAUGCCAGAGGGAUUGAUGCUUAUAUGGGAGUAACACAGCUCGAUAUUGUGGAAAGUCCUAUAGGAAGUUCGUAUGAAUAUCCAAAUAAAACUUUAUCUUAUUUCAAAAAUAUAUUAUAUUUGCCUAUCCAUCAAAAUGCAGAUUUGAAGUCAAUUUAGACAAUUUGCAAGGGAGUUGUAGAGGUAGUCGACAUGUUGAAAAAUAGAAACCCAAAAUUGUGAUUAAUUUAUUAUUAUUAAUAAUUAAAAGUUCAAAUUAUCAAUUCA